AUGGAGGUGGAGGGAUAUGAACCUGAAAACACAGCGAACGGUGAUGGGACUGGACAGUUCUUCCGCGCGCUUCCGAAUAAAUCGCCAUGUCUGAAAGGUGAAAAUUUUUCGGGCGGAAAACUGCGCAGAGAAAGAUUGGCUGUUUCUCUGUUUGGUUUUAUGUCAGGUGAAAUGGAGAAACCCUUGGUGAUCUGCAAGACAGCAAAGUCACAGUGCUUCCGAAGCCUGGACAUACGGAAACUUGCCUUUGAGCGGAGAUCCGACAAAAAGGCAUGGAUGACGUCACAGAUCAUGAAGGAAUGGUUAGCAGCUUUCAAUUGCAGAAUGACAAUGCAAAAGCAGCAUGUUUUGUUGUUCUUGGAUAAUGCAACAUGUCACCCCCAUACCGAACAUUCCAAAGUGCCUCUUGCUUGGUUCCCUCCAGUUACCACUAAUGUUUCUCAACCAGUGGAUCAUUGCAUCAUUCGGCAUGUUAACGUCCACUCUCAUGAGUUAUUAAUACAAUCUUUGCUCGCCAAAAUAGAUCCUACAUCAUCCGGCUGUGAACUUGCAAGAACUGUCUCGGCUCUAGGUGCGGUUAUCUGGAGUCAGAGCAUUGUGUCUCAGCAGUGGAAUGCCCUUCACGGUUUCAACAGCAUUGUGUCUCAGCAGUGGAAUGCACUUCACGGUUUCAACAGCAUUGUGUCUCAGCAGUGGAAUGCACUUCACGGUUUCAACAGCAUUGUGUCUCAGCAGUGGAAUGCACUUCACGGUUUCAACAGCAUUGUGUCUCAGCAGUGGAAUGCACUUCACGGUUUCGGUGUCUCAGCACUGGGCUACCUGCCCCAGGAUAAUGACUGA